CCUCUCUUUUUUCUUAUCUUCUUUUCUUGUCUUCUUUUUUUAUCUUCUUUUUUAUCAUGCUUUCUCGCUCACUUGUCAAGCAUCGUAUAACUCGGUCGUUUCAUCACGCAUGUCGUUUGGGUAUGAUCCGACCCUUUUUACUGGCUGAUAUUGGUGAAGGCAUUACAGAAUGUGAGGUUGUUCAAUGGUUUGUUGAGCCAGGCACAAAAGUCGCUGAAUUUGACAAGAUUUGUGAAGUUCAGUCUGACAAAGCCUCUGUAGAAAUAUCCUCACGAUAUGCUGGUAGCAUCGUCAAAUUGCACUAUGGAAAGCAUGAUACUGCAAAAGUAGGACACCCCUUGGUGGAUAUUGACACGGACGAAGUUGAAGAAAAGAAAGAAACAAGUCCUGUCACACCAACUCCUCGUAUCAAUUCAGACUAUAAAAAGAGUUGGGAAUUACCCUCUGUACGUCGAUUGUUGAGUGAAUAUGGUAUCAAGAUCAGUGAUUUAGUUGGGUCAGGCAAAGGUGGUAUUGUACUAAAAACAGAUGUGUUGAGACAUGUUCACCAACACACACUCCAGAAAGCCGAGAAGAAACAAGAUAUCAAGCAAGAAAUCAUUCAUGGUACUUCUGUGCCUUUGAAUCCUAUUCAAAAAAUUAUGUUCAAGACAAUGACACAAUCACUCUCUAUUCCUCAGUUGGGCUACAAGGAUGAGAUUGAGUUAAAUGCCACCACAGAAUAUCGUGAAGCACUCAAUAAGCAUAUUGCUAAUCAUCCUCAUCUUUAUCCUUUCAAAAAGAUAUCUUACUUGCCCAUUUUUAUCAAAUCUUUGUCUUUAGCUCUUUCUCUUUAUCCCAUUAUGAAUUCCCAGUUAUUAGAAGACAAGAUUAGAUAUCGCCAUGAGCAUAAUAUUGGUGUUGCCAUGGAUACGCCGCACGGACUGAUUGUGCCCAACGUCAAGUGUGUCGAACAAAAGACAAUUUUUGAAAUAGCCAUUGAAAUCCAUCGUCUCACACAAUUGGCUAAAAAGGGAGCCAUUUCUCUUGAGGAUUUAAAGGGUGGUACGAUCACACUCUCGAAUAUUGGUUCCAUAGGCGGUACUUAUGCAAAUCCAAUCAUCGUCAGCAAUGAAUUGGCCAUUGUGGCUUUAGGCUCUGCUCGAAGAUUACCUCGCUUAGAUGAAAAGACAGAUAGGAUAUUAGCUGUGCAAACAUUGCCUAUCAGUUGGUCUGCUGAUCAUCGUAUUGUAGAUGGUGCCACGAUUGCUCAAUUCAGUAAUACAUGGAAAAGUUUCAUAGAGAAUCCUGCUCUUUUAGCCAGCAGACUUCAUUAAUAAACACGUCACAGUGCUCAUAUAUCU